AUGUCCGAUGACGAAGCUGAUCCCGAGCUGCUUGCGCUGCUCGCUCAAUCUCUUGGUCUCGGUCCUAGACCUGAAGCCCCUCCAAGCACUGGUGUAUUGAAGUCAGCAGAGUACAUCUACGAUAAUGCCAUCGAUGUCGCCAUCGUCACUCAUGGCACGAAGCAGGCCGCGGUCAUGCUCUACGAGCAGCUGAAGAAGCGGCAGUACUCGACCUACGACUGGGCAAGGCAUGAAUUGCAUCCUAAGCCAAGGGGUGGCGAGGCGACUGUGAACUUUAUCUUCACGAUGAGCAUUCUCAAUUUCAGCUUUUGGUCCGAUCUGCCCGAGGAUCAGAGGUUUGCUGUAGACUACAGAGGUAGGAAGUGGACAGGCUAUUGGAGUCUUGUCGCUGCGCUACAGAGAGCUCUUGAGGAAGGUCAGUACACCGUGCCCAGAUACGCACCACUCCCUGCCACGUACAGCAGACCGAGUCAGUGA